UGAAAGUGCUUCUUCCCAAAAUACCUGGGUAUCUGUGUGAUGCAUGGUUUUUUCCCACUAGACAAUGAAUGACUGGGCCCCCAUAGCAAAGGAGUAUGACCCCCUCAAAGCCGGGAGCAUUGAUGGCACAGAUGAAGAGCCCCACGACCGUGCCAUAUGGAGGGCUAUGUUAGCACGCUAUGUACCCAACAAGGGAGUUACAGGAGAUCCUCACCUCACCCUGUUCGUAGCAAGGCUCAAUCUUCAGACAACAGAAGAGAAGUUAAAGGAGGUCUUUUCCCGGUAUGGAGAUAUCAGAAAGAUCCGUCUGGUUCGAGACCUGGUCACAGGAUUUUCCAAGGGUUACGCAUUUAUUGAGUACAAAGAGGAGCGUGCUCUCUUGAAGGCCCACAGAGAUGCCAACAGGCUGGUUAUUGAUCAACACGAGAUCUUUGUAGACUUUGAACUGGAAAGAACUCUCAAAGGAUGGAUUCCUCGGCGGCUUGGAGGUGGUUUUGGAGGCAAAAAAGAAUCUGGGCAGCUACGGUUUGGAGGACGGGACAGACCUUUCCGAAAGCCCAUUAAUUUGCCAAACAUGAAAAAUGAUUUCUAUGGAGAAGGAUCAGCAGAGAAAAGAAACUGGUCUCGUGAAGGAACAAGGGACUGGAGAACAAGGGACCGAGACCAUGAAAGGAGCAGAGACAAGCGAUGGCCAGAAAGGGAGCGGUCGUGGGCUUGGGGUGAAAGUGAGAGAGACGCCAAGGAGGAGAGGAGCAGAGGGAGGGAGAGGAAGGACCGAGACAGGAAGGACAGGGAUAGAGACCGGAGCAGAGAAAGAGAUACCAAGAAACAAAGAGAGGAUGAUAAGCAUCGGUAGGUGACAGUCCCUUGUUGUUUGGGGUAUGGUGUCU